GCCCUAGCGGCCUAGCCCUAGUUGGAAUGUUGAAUUAUACGGUUAUACACCCACAGCCGCACAACGCACACAAAGUUGCACACUACAGAACACUACAAAUCCCUCUAUGAAACGGCGAAGCCCUCACGCACAAAUCUCUUCCACAAAUCGAUUAAUCUCUGAAGAUGAUCCAUUCCGUCUCACUCAAAGACUCCAUCUCUGUCUCUCUCUCUCUGAAACCCUCACGCUAUUGAAGGUAAGACGCCAUUUGUAGCAUCUCUCUGAGAUUCGAGAUUUGAUUUUUGCUUCUAACCCUCCUCCCACUCUUUCUCUCUCCUUUUUCGUUGGUGUAUGCUUGAAGCUUCUCUAAUCUCGAUCUCUCGAUUCUCACAGGAACGCUAAGAUGAGCAUCUAUAUGAAUCGAUUGUUUCCAAGAUCUAAUUCCAGUUUCAAAUUAACAAAUGGAAAUGCCUUACGAGCCGAAGUUGUACGCUUAAGUGAAGACAAGUUCUUGGUGGAUGCAGGACUUGGGAACACGGUGACUUGUACGAAAGAUGAACUUGUUGGGGUCCCAAACAACCGAACCACCAGGUUUGAGACUAAGGUGGGUUACCUGGAUCGAAUGACCGAUGAUACUGUGGUAAAUAAACAUUUUAUGGAGAAAAUCUUCAUUGAUCUAGUGGCUGGUGAAUCACUUAUCAAAGAGCGAGCAGCCGCCAGGUUUAAUGAUUUGGUGGGAUCCGCAGAUGUAGUGGCUGGUGAACCACGUCUUCUUCUCCCACGAAGAUUCAGGCAAAACCAGGCUUGGAUGGAACUGAACAAGCGAACGAAUACAAAUGUCAAAGGCUUUAUUAUUGAGAAAGUCAGAGGCGGUUAUUUAGUAGCCAUCGCAGGUUUCAUUACUUUUCAGCCAUUCCGUCCUCUCAGAAGUCAAAGGAUGUGGAAUGAUCGAUUCAUGUUCACCAUUGAGAGCUUUAACCCCAGAAGGACAGGUUUCCCCAAAUUUUAAUUACUCAGAUGCUAGGGUGGAAUCUGAUCUGAGGGUGUGUAUCACUUCUUGGAGGCAUGCACAACGUACUGAUACCAAUAGGCUACUUCGUUCGUAUUGGCAUAUUUCCCCUGUUGUUUUCUCUAGAGGAUAAAAUGUUCCUUUUCUUUGUCUUGUUUAUGCUCUGUAAUAGGGUGUAGUUUGUUCUGCUUUUGUUCAUAUGUUGUCAGGGUGGGAGCCUGUUCCUAAUCCUUUUCCCUUUCCUUGUUUGGAUGCUUUGUUCAGGGGUAGCACCUCUGUUUGGUAAUAAAAUCUUAACUUACCAAAAGGUUUAA